AUGGGGAAGAUGUGGGCGUGGGGAUGGAGCAACCUGUGUGCCGCAGGGUUUGUCGUGGGUCACGCUGGAUUGUACCAAGCUCUGGCCAUGUUUGCAGUGGCCUACUUCAUCAUUGGCAUGACGGUGCUGUCUGUGUGUGCCAUCGCCACCAACGGGGCACUGGAUGCUGGAGGAGCCUACUAUAUGAUCAGUCGUGCCUUGGGCCCAGAAUUUGGGGGCAGCAUCGGGAUCAUGUUCUUCCUGGCCAAUGUGUGUGGCAGUGCCCUUUACGUGCUGGGGCUGGUGGAGGCAGUCGUGGACAGCUUUGGGAUUCCGCCUGGGCAAGAAGUGGGCACAGGUGUCCACGUCCUGCCCCAGAGCUACUGGUACGAGCUGCUCUACGGCACCAUCCUGCUUGCCCUGUGCCUCGUGGUGUGCCUCGUGGGCGCCUCCAUCUACGCCAAAGCCACCUUCCUCAUCUUCCUUAUCGUCAUGGGUGUGCUGGCCACCAUCCUCAUCAGCUUUUUUGCCACACAGCCCGUCGGAGUGCCCAUCCAUCUGCCGCUCCCCAACAGCUCGGAGACUGCGAACGGCCUCUUCACAGGCUUCUCGCUCGCUACCCUGCGGGAUAACCUGGGUGGUAGGUACAGCGUGGACUACACCACGGGGCAGAUUAUGAGUUUCAGCACCGUCUUCGCAGUGAUGUUCAACGGCUGCACUGGCAUCAUGGCAGGCUCCAACAUGUCGGGGGACCUGAAGCGCCCAAGCUACUCCAUCCCCCGGGGCACCAUUUCUGCCGUGCUCUUCACCUACCUCGUCUACAACCUGUUGGCUUUCCUCAUGUGUGCUACCUGCAACAGGACUCUCCUGCAGAACGAUUACGGUUUCUUGCGUGACAUCAGUAUCUUCCCACCCCUGGUCACAGUGGGCAUCUACGCUGCCACCCUCUCUGCAGCCAUGAGCAACCUCAUCGGAGCAUCCCGCAUCCUCUAUGCCCUGGCCCGGGAUGAUCUCUUUGGUCGGGCGCUGGCGCUCGCCAAGAAGACGUCUGCCAGCGGGAACCCCAUCAUGGCUGUGAUCCUCUCCUGGCUGGUGGUGCAGCUGGUUCUCUUCUCUGGGAAGCUCAACACCAUCGCGGGCGUCGUCACCACUUUCUUCCUCCUGGUUUAUGCUACUGUCAACCUGGCCUGCCUGGCGCUGGAGUGGGCAUCGGCCCCCAACUUCAGGCCCACCUUCCGGUACUUCACCUGGCACACGUGCCUGCUGGGCAUUGCGGGCUGCUGCGUCAUGAUGUUCCUCAUCAGCCCUGUGUCGGCCUCAGCAAGCCUGGGCUUCCUCCUCCUCCUCCUCCUCGCCCUGCACUACCUCUCACCCAGCAGCACCUGGGGCUACAUCAGCCAGGCCCUCAUCUUCCACCAGGUGCGGAAGUACCUGCUGAUGCUGGACGUGCGGAAGGACCACGUCAAGUUCUGGCGCCCGCAGAUGCUGCUGAUGGUGCAGAACCCGCGGGGCAGCGCCCGCCUCAUCGACUUCGUCAACGACCUCAAGAAGAGCGGCCUCUACAUCCUGGGCCACGUGGAGCUGCAAGACUUAGGGGUCCCGGCCCUGGCCGAGGAGGAGAGUGCCAUGAACUUCCCGGCCAACGCCAGCCAGGUGUCGGAUGAGUACGUGUGUGCCGCCAACAAGCUCGUCCUGGAGCAGAGCCCCGCGCCUGCCGUGCGCUUCCUCUACCUGCCCCGGCCGCCCGCAGACACCAGCCUCUACCCGCUCUACCUGCACCACCUGGAUUUGCUCACCAGGGACCUGGGCCCCACGGUGCUGGUGCAUGGGGUGAGUGCCGUCACCAGCACCCAGCUCUAGGGGACACUGGGGGACCCCGUCCCCAGCACUCGUAGCUCAGGGAUGGGCACCCUGCCCACUGCGGACUCCUGGGUUCUCAUUCGGCCAGUGCCUUUAGCAGCCCGAGGCUGGGCACCGGGAC